GCUCAUCUAUUCCUUCUCAUAUUCCUACUACUAUCUCUUUUCAAACUUCUUGCCUUCUUGUUUUGUAAUGGCAGUUGAUUCUCAGCUUUCCUCUCCUCUUCCCCCGCCGCCCUCCGAUAAGGACGCCAAAGCCCUUCGUUUCAUAGAGGAGGUCACUACAAAUACUGACGCGGUUCAGCAAAGGGUGUUGGCAGAGAUUCUGAGCCGCAACGCUAAUACUGAGUACGUCAACCGCUUCCGCCUCAAUGGAGCCACUGACAGGGACACCUACAAGUCCAAGAUUCCCGUCGUUACUUACGAAGAUCUCCAGCCCGACAUCCAACGUAUUGCCAAUGGCGAUCGCUCUCCUAUUUUUUCAUCCACUCCCAUUUCUGAGUUUCUCACCAGUUCUGGGACAUCGGCUGGGGAGAGGAAACUGAUGCCGACAAUUCAAGAAGAAAUGGAGCGUCGUCAGCUGCUUUACAGCCUUCUCAUGCCCAUUAUGAAUCUGUAUGUGCCGGGAUUGGACAAAGGGAAGGGGCUCUACUUUUUAUUCGUGAAGGCUGAAACCAAGACCCCUGGAGGGCUAGUGGCUCGUCCAGUGCUCACCAGCUACUACAAGAGCGACAUCUUUAAGACUAGGCCCUAUGACCCUUUCAAUGAUUACACUAGCCCAAACGAGGCCGUUCUAUGCGCCGAUUCCUUCCAAAGUAUGUACACUCAAAUGUUAUGUGGGCUAUUGAUGCGCGAGCAAGUCCUCCGAGUUGGCGCCGUCUUUGCCUCUGGCCUCCUCCGCGCCAUCCGCUUCCUGCAGCUGAACUGGAAACAGCUGGCACACGACAUCUCCACCGGAACCCUAAACCCCAAAAUCACAGACCCUUGUCUCCGUGAAUGCAUCGUUUCAAAAUACCUAACAAACACAAAUCCGGAGGUGGCGGAAUUCAUCUCCAAGGAGUGUUCCACAGAGGAGUGGGAAGGGAUUAUCACUAGAAUUUGGCCAAACACCAAAUACCUGGACGUCAUCGUCACUGGAGCCAUGGCUCAGUAUAUUCCCACGCUGGAAUUUUACAGCGGUGGGUUACCCAUGGCUUGUACUAUGUACGCUUCCUCGGAGUGCUAUUUCGGGGUAAAUUUGAAGCCAAUGUGCAAGCCCUCAGAAGUGACCUACACCAUCAUGCCAAACAUGGGCUACUUCGAAUUCCUCCCGCACGACACGUCGUCCCCUCCUGUUCUCUCCCGCGACUCCCCUCCUCGACUUGUCGACCUCGCGGACGUGGAAGUCGGGAAAGAGUACGAGCUGGUAAUCACAACCUACGCUGGACUCCGGCGGUACCGAGUGGGCGACGUGCUGGAGGUCACAGGGUUCCACAACGCAGCCCCACAGUUCCGAUUCGUGAGACGAAAAAACGUUCUGCUCAGCAUCGACGCCGACAAGACCGACGAGGCGGAGCUCCAGAAGGCAGUGGAGAACGCGUCAUCUCUUCUGCGAGAGCUGAACACCAGCGUGGUGGAAUACACGAGCUAUGCCGACACAAAAACAAUCCCAGGACAUUACGUCAUAUAUUGGGAGCUUCUAGUGAAAGACGAAGCCGCAAAUUCUCCGCCGCCUGCGGAGAUUCUAAAUCAGUGCUGCCUUGCCAUCGAAGAGAGCCUGAACUCGGUGUACCGCCAAGGCCGAGUCGCGGAUAACUCAAUUGGACCACUAGAGAUCAGGGUUGUGAAAAACGGAACGUUUGAAGAGCUAAUGGACUACGCCAUCUCAAGGGGUGCAUCAAUCAACCAGUACAAAGCGCCACGCUGCGUAAACUUCACACCCAUUGUGGAACUCCUCGACUCUAGGGUAGCUUCAGUGCACUUUAGCCCAUCCAAGCCGCACUGGACACCCGAACGACGUCGUUGAAACCAACCAACAAAAACAAAAACAAAACAAAACAAAAAACGAAAAAAAAAAAGAAAAUUGAAAAAGACCCAUAUGUAUAAAAAGAUUAUAUAUGAUGACGAUGACGACGUAGCAGCAGCCAAGCAGAAGAGGAUAGAGUUUGAGUUUGUUGGAUUAUGCAUAUGUCUUUUAGAAGUAAGUGUUUUUUUUUUCGUUUUUUUUUUUUUUUUUUUUUUGGGUUAAGGAAAGGUUGUAGGUUGAUGUGUUUGUGUGUAAUAAGGUUGAAGUAAUGUCUAAAAUAUGGGCUUCAUGAUGUAAUUGUUGUGUUUACAAAUA